UAGAAAGAAGCACAAGCAGUAUGUUGAUAUCAAUGCCUGUUUGUUUUCAUUUAUUUUUAUCAAAAUGUAAAUAUUGCUACUGGUUUUGAGCGGUUUCUGGCCUGCCAGAUAUUUCAUUGCCAAAGGUAAUGGAUCAUAGCCUAGAAGUACGUGCCCAUCACCGUUUAUGAUAGGAAGUGCAUUAUAUGCAUAUAUUAUAGCCUAACACUUUUUAUGAUAGGCUAUAAUUAUGCAAUAAGGCACGAAGGGGUCUGGUAUAUGGUCAAUAUACCAUGGCUAGGGGCUGUUUUGUCAUACGCUUAGUAUACUGUCAGCCAAUCAGCAUUCAGUGCUCGAACCACCCAGUAUGCAUAUAAUACACUAAACAUGUCAGAAGUGCUGGAGGAGGGUUAUGAUUGGAAAAAAAGCUAGUCCGGGCAAGAACGCGCAAACUCAAACAAAAGACAAAGAAUUUAAAUUAAAGAGUGAACAAUGAUCUCAUUUGGUGGUAAAAUUAUCUAUUUUAUUUGUGCUUAUGUCAUGCAUACACAUUGAAAAAGUGCCAUUAAGUGAAUUCCACAGAAGCACACAAUUGUAUGUGAUGAAUGAAAAUAAAUGGGGCCUAUACAAUCAAUGACACCCUUGUAAAACCAUGGACUUGGGAAUGCUCCAAGUUGCCUGGAUUUCAAUCAAAACAUCCUGAAAUAAGACUUCUUCCGCAGCAUAACUGCUCAUUCAUUCAACCUAAAGGCAUUUAGGCCUAAGACAACAGAUCUAUAUAUCUCUCUUGAAAAAAAAAAGAAGCAAUUACACACCAUAAAAGUAUUUAACAAUUGAAAAUGAAUCUUGAUAUGUAAUACCCCUCCCUGUCUGUUAGGUUUAUGUACUCUUGUUUGUAUAUUUCUGGGUUGUUUUUGUAUUUGUUGUGUUCAUAAUAAAAAUACUUUUACAGUAGCUCGAGCCAUCUUCCAUGAAGAAGCAGCCUGUAUGUAUCACGUGAUAUUUUGGCGUCUGGAGCAUCUACCAGUAUUUGCAUGACACCACCACAUAACAUUGAGCUAGGACUGAUAUGAGACCAAGAAGGUUAACACAGCAAAUCUAUGAGCUAUAACUAUUUCACUUUUCAAAAUUGUGUCCAUAGACAAACAUUAAGUGAUAUAUAUAUAUUUUGAUGUACAUGUUGUCAAUGAAUAUAAUAUAGCUACUACUGUUGCUUUAAAAUAGAGAUUGACAGCAUAAAUAACAUUUGUUUCGAUAUAUUGUGCAUCACAUGGUCUCAUUUCCUGCACUGAAACAGGGGCCUUGAAGUUCAGUUCUUUCGUCUCCCAAGCAGUACCAUAAGACACCAAAAUCAGCAAGGGAUCACACCACGCUGUCCUUCUCAAAUACCCUGUUCUGUCACAAUGCUCUGAGUCACCUUCCCGUUGCAACAUGUACAUCACAGACCACAGCCCAACUACUGGGGUGGUGACAAUCGUAGUGAUCCUCAUUGCUGUUGCUGCCCUCAGUGUUCUCAUCUGCGGAUGUUGGUGCUACCUGCUCCUGCAGCGGAUUGGCCAGUCUGAAGAUGAGGAGAGUAUUGUAGGAGAGGGCGAGACCAAGGAGCCCUUCCUGAUGGUACAGUACUCCACCAGGGGCCCUCACGUCGAGCACAAAAUCAAGCUCGCCCACAAAGGCACUGAGAAUCACACUUAACUGAGUCAUUAAGAAACUGUGUCAUCACCUAAUAUUAACCAAGAGGAUCACCUCAUUCACAUUUCCUGCUGAUCAUCAUAUUUCAUCGUGCCAUUGAAAGAUGAUAAAUAAAUAUAAAUAAAUAUAUCCCAUUUAGCAGACGCUUUUGUCCAAAGCGACUUACAAGUCGGCUGGGGCCACUACUUUUACAUAUGGGUGGUCCCAGGAAUCGAACCCACGGACUGCAGCUCAAUGUUUUAUGAGGAAAUGUGAUAUUUUUGUUUCUCAUUCCAUUGUGUGGAUCUCAGGAUGUGAGGUUGUGAACAGCUCAUUGUUAGGUUUCUUAAGUAUACAUAUUUUAAACUCAAAAAUGUACAUCUGAUUGAUGUUGAUAGUUUUUGUUAACUCAGCAAUCCACUACUGAAUUGUGACGGUAGACAGCGCUCUGAACAAAUGAGUGGGAAAAACCUUCUUGAGCUUGUUGGAAGAAUGUAUGACAAAUUGAUGACAAAACAAUUGACUUAAUAUCAAGUUGCUCAAAUUAUUUGAAAUUUGCUUAAUUUGUUUGUUUUGCAUAGUUGAAUUUGGUUUUAUUUACCUUCAGUAUUCAAAUGUGAGUUAAUAGCCAUUUUAAUAAUUUGCUAAAUGCCAGAUUUGCCCGAAGAUAAAAGGUGUGAUUCACUCCCUAGUUUAUGUCUGUUGUUGCCGCUACUUACUAAAUAAUCUAGUGUACAAAAUACUGUUUAUUUUCUCCUGUGGUUGCACAGACAAUCACUGCAAUAAAACCAGUCAUUGAAAAAGCAAUUCUCCUUUGAUAAACCAUCACAAGCACAACAAGGUCCCGGGUCUGAGUUUUAGUGAGGUUAGCACUCUAAAAUACUAUUUGGAGAACAGCCAAAUUUGGCUAUGAUUACUACACAUUUAGAUAGCUGGCUAGACUAAUUUAACAAUCUAAAAAAAAAAAUGCCAUGGGCUAAUUGAGUGACAGUUAAUGAGCGCCAAUAAGAAGAGGGAAACUGCUGAUUCACAACCAAGUUCGAAAUUGCACCUUGUGUAUUUUACUAUUCAAACUCUCAACAGUAAGUUGAAACCCCAACUGUUCCUAAAAAAAAUAUAGAUUAUUAUAUAUUUUUUAAAUGUUGGCAAGGUCCGUACCUAGGUGUCCUCAUUUGUAGCUACAACACUGAGUAGCCGCUACAACUGACAUGGGUUGAGGAGUCCUGCCAAGAAGCUACCAAGAGCCAAUGACAUAUUUUCUAUAUUCAGUUGCAAAAUAGGAAGUCCUGAUGGCCAGAUUCUAUGGUAGCUGAGUAGGUUGAUAUUUGAUGAAACAAUGUUAUAAAGUAUUAUGAAAUGUAAAUAACAUUAUGAAGACUAUUGUUCUCUUUGUCAUUUGAUGUACCAUUGUAUCAUUUCUUGACUUGCUAAAUAAAGGUUCAAUUA